AUGUCAAUAAAUGAGCAUCUUUAAGGUAAUCUCGGAUUCGCAUUAUAUCUUUAAUAAAUAAAUAAAGAUAAAUUGCACAUCCUAUAUGACUCUUAAACAUCCAAAGUAAUUUCUAUGAGUAAAAAAGUUCACAAAUACUUUUUCUAAACAGCUGAAGACUUUCAUAACAUAAAUUUGCUUUCUUAUUUUCCAGUUGUUGAAAAAACAUUAAACAAAUUAUUUUAAAAGUAUAAAUAUAAUAGCUCAAAUAAUAAAUUAUCACUCUUAAGUUAGAAUACAUUCUAAAACAGUGAAUAUGGCGAAUAAGAAAAAACAAAAGUUUGUAAAUUAGAAAAUUAAAUCGAAAGUGAUAAGUGCAAUCAAACCAAUUAAGCAGAAUAAAUCUAAAAUGAAAAUUUAAGUAACUAAAAAGAGAGUUAAAAAAUAGAAUAGGUAAUUUAAAAUACAAAUCAAUUAGAUAAGUAAAAAAAGGCAAAGUAAGUUUAUCAGAAAUUUUAGUAAAUUAUUUAAUAAAAUUAAAAUUAUUGUGACAGCUAAGAAAAAUUAACAAAUAAAAUUGAUAAAAAAGCUGAGGAAAUCUUAGGAAUUUAAUAUCUUUUAGUGUGCAAAAAUAAAGAGAAAAGUGAUAAAAAUUUAAAAAAAGAGCAAAAUUCUUCAAGUUAAAAUGAAAAUGAUGAAUAAACUUAUCUUAUUUAAAAAUAUAAUUUUUAUAUUUUAGACUUUAGCAUAAAUUCUGUUAAAAGAUCGUAUUUAACUCAUUUAAAAUACAUUGAGAUCUCAAAUUAUAAAUAGAUCAAUCCAAUAUUAGAAGCUUCUUUGAUUUUAGAUAUUUGUCUGAACACAAAUUCUAAUUCGUACCAAUCAAAUAUAAAUAGUCUUUAAAAAAAUUAACUUGAAAUUUUAAUAUAAGAAUUAUAGCUUUUGAAAGCUUAUAAUGCUCAAGAGCUUUUUAAAAGUAUUAAAUUUAAUUAAGUUUAAAAUAUUUCUAGAAAAAACUUGUUUAAAAAUCUAUCUUCUGAUAACAUAAAAAAUGAAUUAUAUCAACUGAAUAGUAUUUUCUAAUUGCAAUAAAAGUAGUAGUCAAUCGAAAGUCAAGGUUAAUUUUAAAACUCUUCUAAUAAUUCAGACAAAAAUUAAAUUUAAUCUUAGUAACAAUUAGAAUAAGAAUUAGAUUUAUUAAACUAAUCUAAAUAAAAAUCACUUUAGAAAUAGGAAGUUAGUAACUAGACAUUUUAGUUUAUUACUAAGCAAAGCUCUUAUGACCAGCAAGAAACAAAUAGGGUUUAAAAGUAUUAACUAAGUAAGGGAAUUAUUUCUUAAAAUGAAAAUAGUUAUGGCUAAGACAAAUUUAUACAAAUAAUAAAAGAAAAUAGCUGUGAUAACUCCUAAAUGAGAAAAGAUCCCAUCUUUUAAGGUAUCUAAAACAAGAUUGAAAAUUAAAUCUCUUCCAAAUAAGACUCCUGCAUAAAUUUAUCUAAAACUAGCAGAUUUCCAAUCAUUUUUAAUGAUAUAAAUCUUACCACGUAUUAAAAUUCUAAUCGCUAAAUUGUCUCAUACACAGGUUCAGUUAAUACAAAUGGUUAAAGUCCAUGCAUAAGCACAACAUAAAAAAGCUUCUUAAACAAUAUAAAGAAAGGCACGCUGCAAAAUUUAAUAGAAAGUUAAAAAUCCAGCUAAGAAGUUGAAAAACCUCAAGACUUUUCUUCGCUAUAUAAUUAAAAUUAAAUAUAAUCAAGGAAAAAUAAAUAAAAUGAAAAUAAUUAAGAUUUUAUUGACUCUUCAUCCAACCACUCUAAAAGCAGUUCAACUACUUCCAACGUUAGAUAUUUUAAAAAUAUAAUUUAAUCUAAGAAAAGACUAUUCACAAUAUAAUUUGUAAAUUUGUUUGGUGUUUUGAGUUUAAUUGUUAUAAUAAUCGUCAUACUACAGUAAUAUAUUUAAGAUUCUUAAAACCUUAAUGAUUUUUAAGGUGAUAUGAAUGUUGUCGGAUGGCCUACUGAUUAUAUGAACACACUUUCUUUAAUCGUUAAAAACUUUAAUUUGUAAAAACUGCUAGCAUACAAUGACCUUAUCAUAAAAGAUGGAGAUCUUGUUAAAUAAUAAAUACACAUGUAAUGCUAAACUGAAAUUGUUUUUGCUGUUAACUAAAUAAAGAAUUUAACUAAUUAAAUGGAGCUUACUUCUAAUUAGCGAUAUACAUUUAAUAAAAUUCUGAAUCAUCCAAAUGUUUUUAGAUUCGGUAGUAAUUUUGAUACUCAUAUUCCUUUAAAUUAGCAGCCUGCUGACACUUAUUAUCAGCUUGUUGAUAUUGAGAUGGGCCUCUUUUACUCAUUAGAGCUGCUGAUAAUCUAUUUAUUUAGAUUUGCUUAUGGUCUUGGGCUAGGUUCAGGAUAAUUUAUAACUUUAAGCAAUAAACAAAAUAUUGAUGAGAAAUUAGAAAUAAUUUCAAAUGAUAGUCUAAACCAAAUGAUUAAUUCAGUUAAUUCUAUUUAAGAUAACCUAACCAAAGUUCUGAUAGUUUUAAUAAUUGUUGUUUUUUGCUGCAUAUUCUUAACUAUUCCCUUAUAUUGGGUGAUUUAAGUUAAGAAGCAAUAGAUAUUGUAGCUGUUUGGUACAUUUCAUCAAAGUAUUAUCUAAUAAGAAAUUUAAUAAAUUUUUACAAUAGUAGUUAAUAAAUAUAAAUCAAAAAAUGAAAACUUCAUUAUUUUAAUUAACCAAAUGAAAGCUUCCUUUUAUGAUUUAAAACAUGAAAAAAAGCAAAUUGUAAGUUAAACAUCAAAACUCAAUAAAUUUAGCUUUAAAAUAACUUUUUUGGCAGCAAUUUUAUUUUGUCUCACUCUACCAUAUCCUAUUGUAGAUCAGUACCUAUGUAGAAACUAUAUCACUGAGAGUAAAGCAGUGCUUAAAAUGUUAAAACAACUAUAUGAAAUGGAGUAAUUAAUCAUUGAAAACACAGGAAUCCAUUAUUUCUGUAUAUUUUUAAGAAUAAGCCAAGCUACUUUUCCAUAUAAGUAUGAUCAGCACAGAUAAGAAGUUGAAUAAAACUUAGUUACAUCAAAAAUUUUAAGAUAGGACCUAUAAUCUAGCUUGGACAAUCUGAAAGCUACUAGCUUGUAAUUAUUUUUUAUUUUUAUAUUAAAUUAACUAAAAUUUUUUCAAGAUAUAAAAAGAGUGAAUAUGAAGAUUUUUUCUUUAAGUUAUUUGAAUAAGAUAUCUGUUAAGUAAUGA